GAAAUGCAGAAGAGCUUUUUUACAAAUGAGGAGGAGAACCAAAAGGCUUCACAAACUGAAACUUUGAGUUCAUCCAUAGAGAAUCCUUCAGAUUCUGUAACCAAUGGACGUGUUUUGAAGAAGACCAAAAAAGAGAGGACAUGUGAAAAACAAAGUCAACUAAUGUCACCCACAGAAACACUGAAGCAUUUCCACUGUCACCUCACAAAGUUUGAGCUGGAGGAAAUCAUGGACUACUCUGAGAUAUGGUACUUGGGUCUGGGAACAAAAAAGAUUGAGGGCUCGCAUGGGACAUCACCGAAUUCUGGCUAUGAUGAUGAGCAUGGCAAUUACAUUGUGGUUCCACAUGAUCAUAUUGCAUUCCGCUUUGAAGUUCUGGAGAUGAUUGGGAAAGGAUGCUUUGGCCAAGUCUUGAGAUGUCUUGAUCAUAAAACAAAUGAAGUAGUUGCAAUUAAGGUUAUCCGCAACAAGAAAAGAUUCCACCAUCAGGCCUUAGUAGAGUUGAAGAUCCUUGAUGCUUUGAGAAGAGGAGAUGAUGACAACAGCCACAACGUCAUCCACAUGAAGGAAUACUUCUACUUUCGCAACCACCUCUGCAUUUCAUUUGAGCUGCUGGGGUUGAACCUGUAUGAACUAAUUAAGAAGAACCAUUUUCAUGGCUUCAGUUUGGCACUGAUCCGUCGCAUAGCUCACUCCUUACUUAAGUGUCUGCAGAUGUUACAAAGAGAGAAAAUCAUCCACUGUGACCUUAAACCGGAGAACAUCCUUUUGUGUCCAAAGAGCCAGGGGAAUAUUAAAGUGGUUGACUUUGGAUCCAGUUGCUAUGAAAAGCAAAGAGUGUACACCUACAUCCAAAGCCGCUUUUACCGCUCCCCGGAAGUGAUCCUUGGGCACCCUUACAGCAUGGCUAUUGAUAUGUGGAGUCUGGGCUGUAUCCUUGCAGAGCUAUAUACUGGUUACCCUCUUUUUCCAGGAGAGAGUGAAAUGGAGCAAAUUGCAUGCAUUGCUGAGGUGGUGGGAAUGCCUCCUGAUUACUUUAUACAGACUGCAUCCAGACGGAGAGUAUUCUUUGAUUCCAAGGGAAACCUCAAGAAUGUUACUAACAGCAAGGGAAAAGAACACCAUCCUAACUCAAAAGACCUGGCUAGUGUUUUGAGGACAGAUGAUACUUUUUUCUUGGACUUCCUUAAGGGCUGUCUUAAGUGGGACCCGAGUAAGCGCAUGACACCUGAUGAGGCCAUGCAACAUGAGUGGAUUCAGGAGUGUUUUCAUCAGACUGGCAUGAAAAUUCACCCAGACAGAAAAACUGCCGACAUACCAGACCAGAUCAAGAAAGGCUCAUUCAGGAUGAACUACGGCUGACUUCAUACGUCAACAAUACCUGCCAGUGUCGGCCGGGAGAAGCUAGAAAAGACAGCAGACUGCCCCGGACACACCGGCUGAAGUCUACCUGAUGUGACUCAUGGGAAACAUCGUGGGAAAUAAUGCAGAAUUUUGUUUGCAUUGCAUACAGUUUAAAUUCCCUUCCUAUUCAUUAAAAUGAACGUGAUGACUGACAAAAUAAAUUACCUAUGAUGUUGUUUCAAUAAAACAUUGUUGUCAUACAUUUACAGGCCUGCACUGUGGCACAUAAAAUCAGUAGUCUAUUAAUUGUUUUCUCUAUGUGUGUGUCAUUAGAUGAUUUUUGUUCAUUUUCACACAUUCCAGACUAUCGAUUUAAACGUCUAUGUUGAUAGAAUAUUGUUAGCAAUAAAGCUAGCCUGUCAUAAACUCUGGGUUCACAAACUACAUUGUUGGUGCUUCGUUUUAUGUGUAGAGAGCAAGCUGCUGACAAGGUUUGGUGCUGUUCUGAGCAAUACUACUGGUUAAAUCGGCUCUAGCUUUGCCAGUGCUGUUGUGUUUGAUCAACAAAAAAUACUGUCGCCAUGGCUUAUUUGAUGUAUUUUCAUACAGAAAAACACAUUUUGGUCAAUUUUUGCCGAAGUUACACUUUAAAGUUAAUCUGCCCGAGGCAGGAAAAUGCUGAAGAAUAUAUAUGUACUGUACUGUACUGCAUUGACUUUUUACUUCCUUAGAGUAGCCACAUGCUGUGUGGAUCACAUGCUAUGUCCAAGAAGUAUCCAUUUAUGUAUAAUUGUGCAUGUACAGUAUGAGGACUUUGGAAAAGACUUGUAUGUAAGUACUCAUGUGAUUUGUAUUACUAUGUAACUAAGAUGGGGACUUGCCCUU